AUGUCUUGCGCUCCAGGAGGAGAGAUACCAUACAUGUUUGAAGAUGAAAGUCUUCGGGAUGAGGCCCUCGCGGCUGCAAGUGCCUUUUCGAAACCAGAGGGCAAUAAAAGACUUGCUUUAAUCGGAGAUGCAGCGCUGCGACUGGUUCUCUACAUGCAUGGCUACGCUCGGGGUUGGUCGACAGAACAAAUGAGUGACCUCCAAAGCAAAAUUGUUGGUACCAAUGAUAAUCUGAUCCUGGUCGGGUUCCGCCGAGGCCUGGACAGAAGGAUUCGACCUAAUCCUGCUCAAAAUUGCGUUGAAAGACGGUUAAUGGCCACCACGAUGGAUGCCAUCAUCGGUGCUGUAUACAUUGACUCUGGAGAGGACAUCGUCGUGACUCGGCAGUUUAUCAUGGAUCUAGGCCUGCUAUCAGGCCUGCCUAGAUGA